GCGAGGAACGGACGUAUCGAGAGAACGUUGAAUUUGUCUCGAUCUAAACUUCGCGUUUUACAUGUUCGAAGUAGUUUGUGCAGUGAAUUUUAAACGAAAGUUUUUAAAGUAAAAAUAAUUCGUUAAAAAUGAAAGUCUUGACGGUAGACGAUAAAACUGUUGUCGAAGACAGAGAGCCCACUGUCGAGAUUGAUAACAAACUUACUAAAGAGGAAUUAAAUAGAGGAUGUCCUCUUGGCGUGUCCCGUGUGACGUGUGCGGUAUACGUGUGCGGUGCGCACGCGCUGCCAGGCGGUGUGCGGGCGCUCCGCCCAGGGCUGGUUGUGAAUGCUGCUCCCGAGCUGCCGCCGCCGCCAGACGACUGCGCCCCACGGUACUACGUACCGUUGCUGGACACACCCAACUCAGACAUGCAUCCAUACAUGGAGAGAGUCGCUGACCUUAUUAACGAUGUGGUAUCCCGGGGGGAGGUGGUACUGGUGCAUUGCGUGGCGGGAGUGUCCCGGUCUGUCACCCUGUGUUUGGCCUACCUCGUCAAGUGGCAGCGGAUGACGCUCAGAGACGCAUAUCACCACCUUAAACUGAGACGACCACAAAUCCGACCGAAUACGGGUUUCUUCAAACAGCUGAUAAAGUUCGAAGAACGGCUGUUCAGCGAAGCUUCUGUAAAGAUGGUCUACUGCGAGGCUAUCGACAAGGAGAUCCCCGACGUCUACGAGCCGGAUUACAGCGGUAUGACAUGGUUCAGGCAGCGGUACGGACCUAUUGAAAGUAGUUGAGUAUAUUUAAGCUAACAUUAGUAUGCAUAUAAGCGUUUUUAAAUGCAGCUUUUUGUAUAAGGGCCUGUCCCACCAAGUUGCAAGUCUGAUAACAAUCCAACGUGUGAAAUAUGUGACAGUGACGUCAUUUUAAAACUAUCUGAGACUAUCAGCCAGGUGUGGGACAGCCCUAAGUCAAUUUACUAUGGCGGACUCAUACAAAAAUGUUAACUAUUUUCUUUUUUUUUGAAGAUACUGAGAUGUUUUUAAUGAGUGUUGCCAGUGUAAACUCACAGUCGCACACAAAUUGAGUAAACUAUCACUCGCUGCUUGUUCAAUUCUGGUUUUUAGGUUAACUAACUUCGAAUGGGAUUUAAUUUCUGCUAAUGAAUGUACAAAGUAAGUUUCACAAUUACCGUGAAAACACUUUCACUUAUAAGAUUGUUAUAAAACUUUGAAAAUAGUGUAAACAAUUGAAUGAUUUUGAUUUCUAAAGACUCAUUUAAUUAUCA